AUGACGGAAGAAGGAACACCAACUCGCAAUGGUGAUGUGGCCUAUAUUAACUACGUGGAACCCCCCAUCAGGACCAACAAUGAUGGUAAAAUUUACCACACCCAGGAACAGUACACUGAAGACACCGAGCGCUGCGAGCAUCUGUUUCAGUUGCUGAUUGAUGAACAUGGGUAUGAUAUGAUUGGGAAGGCGAAGUACCGUCUGCACUUGAUCAAUCAACAUUGUCGCAAACUGGGGUAUCCUCCUAUGUACGUGUAUGAUUACGAGUGGGUUGGCUGCUACCCCAUCCAGUUCUUGGCCAAUGAGGGCAAGAACCCAAAGAGUCGCCAGCCCCUUCCUCCAUCCAACGCGAACUAUGACCAUGACGUCUUCAAGCAGCUGGUUGUUAUGACGCUUGUUUUCCCCCAUCCGGUCACUGAUCCCGAGAACACUGACCUCUUCACCACCAGAUUCGACAUUGAUCCAGUGGUGUUCAAAGACCGGUACUUGCGUUAUCUGGAUGAUUUGAAUCUCUUCACGGAGGGAGUUGAUGAGGAAGACAUCCUCCCCACUCCUCAUCGGCAGAUUGUUGUUGACUCCGGUACUCCAAGUCCCAUGGCCACUGCCCCCAAGGUGCUCUUUGAUGUGGAUAAUGACGAAUUUGGUGGCUCCGACGUGGAUGAUCCCACCGAUUUGGAUGACGAGGAAGAUGAUGACGACUACGAUGACAUCUUGAUGCGCUCUGGCAAAUGGGGGCCUUUGACACAAGUUGCCAAAGACUCAGAUGAUGAUGUUGAUGAUGAUGAUGAUGUUUCUCCAUCUCCCCCCAAGAAGGCGAAGACCGAAAGCAGUGCUGAAGCCCCCAAAGCAGACUCCCAGGAAGAAGAAGACACGGAAGGAGACACCGAAGGAGACACCGAAGGAGACACUGAAGGAGACACCGAAGGAGAAUCCCAGGGAGACCACGAAGAGGAAAUCAAGAAGCCAAAGUCCAAGUCGGGUAGUGAUGCCAGCAGCGAGGAUGAAAAUGAGGAAGAAGAGGAAGACAACGAUGAUGACACCGAAGAAGCCACGAACGAUGGAGAUAACAGCGAAAAGAGUGACAGUCAGAAUGGUGGCAUCGAAAUUCUUUGUACCGGCAGUUUCAGUUAUUAG